AACAUGGCGACUCUUGUGGAAGAAGUCUGUCCUUCAGUGGAAGCCCUUACUCGAAGGGAAGAUGCCGCCUCUUUUCCCUGUCCUACAGAGGGAUGUUCCAGAGAGUUUCAGAAUCGUCCAUGCCUUAGGAUGCACCUGAUCAAGACUCAUGGCAUCGCGCCGAAUGGCAAAGAAAAGAAGCUUUUUACUCGUGGUCAGGGAAAGAGUCAAGUUGAAAAGCAUUUUUACUGUCCGGUUCAACAUUGUGUGCGAGGACAAGGUACUAAGAGACCUUUCCCUCGAAUGUCUCAGCUGAAACAGCAUUACAUGACAGUACAUGCAGAGAAAACAAAUGUUUGCAGUAAAUGUGGUAAGGGCUUUGGUUUGCCUGAGGCUUGUAAACGGCAUGAAGUCAAGUGUGGGCAGUUGUUUACUUGUUCAUGUGGGUGCCCUUACACCACAAUGGAAGCACUUCUCACCCAUGCACGGCGUCAGAUGCACAAAGUUCCGGAAGAAUACAAAACUAAGGCAGCAAGUGCAAAAUCUUCAGCGCCUGCACCAGCAUUUGCUGUACUUGUUGUUAAACCUGCAACCUCAAUACCAUGUGUAAGAAUCGACUCUGGAAAGAAACAUGGUCCUGGAAAUCAGACAGCAAAACUUCAGCCAAUCCUUCCCAAACCUGGCCCAGUCACAAACUUAGAAACUGGUAGAGGCUCUUGCAGUUCUUCAAGGAAAAGAGCAGUCAACAAGUCUGUGCAAACACAGCCUCCUUAUGAUGUGCACAGUAUGUGUACUCAAACACCCAGCCGCCCAGUGAAUAUGGAUCAGGGAUGUGAUUCAUACACACAAACUCCUCCACCAAUUGCAAGCCAACAGUUUCAGUUCAACAAUGUGGAUGGGAACCUUGGUAUUGGUUUCAACAACCAAUCUUCAGUUGGGACUCAAGUUGCAAUGUUGACAAACCACUGCGACUUUGGUGUUGGCACUGAUGAGAGUUUCUUGGCACAAUUAGGCUUGGGUGGCAGUAGAAGUAGUCAACCGUUUGGGUUUGCAGAAAGAAUUCCACAAGAUUCCCAGGUUCAACCUCUUCCUCCCUUUAGUUCUUUUGUUACAGGGCAACAAAGACCAGGGUUUGUUUCCACGAAUGAAAACUCAAUGCAGACUCUUACCAUUGACCCACUGUGUUUGAAUAUCCAAACACAGACAAAUAUUACAAGCUCAGACUUUGGUCUUUGUGACCUCCGACCAUUAACUAGCUCACAAACUCAGACUAGUGGCUUGGAGCAAGUUCCUUUAGAGGAUAAUGAAACACAGACAUUAAUUUCCCUGCUGGGUAUUGAUGCAAAUAGCUCUAUUGAUUCUGGCACACAAACUCAAAACCUUCUCAAUGAUUUAUUUGACUCUCAAGACAUUGAGCUGACAGAAUCGCAGACUCAAACAUGGUUUAAUGACUACUCCACAGUCACUUCACCAGCUCUUGAAAACAGUGGACAAGAGUUUGUGUACAAAACACUUGAAGACUUGGUAGACAUACACACUCAAACAUCCAUAGUAAUGUCUGACUUUACUGAGCUGGCUGAUGACACUGUUCUAGCAAAUUCACAAACUCAAACCCUGCAGAGUGACUUGGGUUGUUCAAGUCUGUUGUCAUCCAGUGUCCAGACAGAUUCACGCUGCUCACACGCAUCACGAACGUUUGAACAGUUUGGCAGUGGUUCAGUCACCUCCACAGGUUGUCAAACACAAACCUGUUCAAGUGUUGUUGAUCACAACUGUCCUACAUCCAGUGUUGAAACUCAGACAUAGUGGUUUGUAGCAUUCCUAAAAAAUACAAUAAACAUUGCAAAAUAAAAUAGAUGUAACUCUAUGGGUUGCAUUAUUAUUUUAUCUUUCAACUCCCAAUAUCUGAUUGUUAAUUUUCUACUCUUGCUGCUACACAAUUAGUUACGAGAAAUUUGUCUGAAUUCCAGCCAAGUGGCCCAUCAAGCUGGAGCUUAUCCCAGUUUAUAAUGCUUGAAGUGAUUAGGAGUACUAACUCUCCCCCCUGAAUGGGAUGUCAGUCUAUUACAACCAUCACAAGGCUACCUCCCUCCCCCCUCCCCCCUCCCCCCAACAUUCCAUCAGACUUCCUCAACAAUUUGCCAAUACACAUUUAGACUCCUGAGUUGAGAGGGGCACUGUUAAAGUAAAGUGAUUUGCCCAGGAAUACAACACAACAACCCAGCCAGGCCUGAAACCCAGACCUCUUGAUUCAGAGUCCAGUACCAACCAUUGGGCAGCUACAUCCCCACCCUAGGAUGAGGAGCAACCACUCAAACCAUGUUAUAAUGGAGUUGGUUAUCAAACUCUGGAAAUGCCAUUGGGAGGCAAGUACUCUUACUGGGACAUUCCAACUCCCUGAUGAAGAAUUGUAUGAUUGAAAGUUCUGCUUUCUUCUCCCCCCCCCCCUCACCCUGCCCCUUCUACAUUUGUCACCAUUUACUUUCAAUUUUUGCCACAAAAAAAGACUUUACUGAGCUGAUCAAGAAACAAUAAAUUCAAACAUUUACUGAUUAAAGUUGAUGUUGUUUUUAUUCAAUAAAUAGAGAACUAUGCAUUUGUCAUUAUAUUACAAAUGAAGUGAUUGAGCUGAAUGUGUACACUGAAAAAUUUCCUGAU